AUGCCGUUCCCUCAACAGCAGCUCUUGCAGCCCACCACAACCACCUCAAUCUCCACAUCCAUCUCGACUACAACCCUUCUCAGCACCGUCACGCUCUCGCCUAGCAUACUUCCUGCCUCCACAACCACGGUGUCCUCGACAACUACUAUCCUCCCUUCGCCUACGACUAUCCCUCCCGUCACGGUUACCAAAUCUGCUCCGACGGUUACCAUUACGAGUACAUUGACGCCUUUCCAAUUGCCUUCCAUCACCACCAUGACUUUGAUGAGUACGACGAGCGAGAGCGAAAGUCGCAGCACGACUACGAGUACUACUGUCGUCACCGCUGGUGCGAGAUAG